CGCCGCUAGAAUCUCAUACAGUACUUUUAAUAACCCUAGAGUCAGGAAGCCUUUAUACUAGUUGGCUUAUAUACAAAACCCUAAACUCCUCUUUAGCUGCCGCAGCUGAGAUCCAACACUCUAUAACAGAGAAAUGGGUGAGGAAGUUAAGGUUUUGGUUCCGGAGUCACUCUUGAAGAAGAGAAAGAGGAAUGAAGAAUGGGAGCUUGCCAAAAAACAGGGGCUUGAAGCUGCCAAGAAGAAGAAAGCUGAGAACCGGAAGCUGAUUUUCAAUAGGGCUAAGCAAUAUGCAAAGGAGUACGAGGCUCAGGAAAAAGAGUUGAUUCAAUUGAAGAGGGAGGCAAAAUUGAAAGGAGGGUUCUAUGUUGAUCCAGAAGCUAAGCUUUUGUUUAUUAUUCGAAUCCGUGGUAUCAAUGCCAUGCAUCCUAGGACAAGAAAGAUUUUGCAGCUCUUACGAUUGAUACAGAUUUUCAAUGGUGUUUUCCUUAAAGUGAACAAGGCAACAAUGAACAUGCUUCACCUAGUUGAACCUUAUGUGACUUACGGAUACCCGAACCUUAAGAGUGUUAGGGAAUUGAUUUACAAAAGAGGUUAUGGGAAGUUGAACAAGCAGCGAAUUGCAUUGACUGACAAUGAAGUCGUUGAGCAGGCUUUGGGCAAAUUUGGCAUCAUCUGUGUAGAAGAUCUCAUCCACGAGAUAAUGACUGUGGGACCUCAUUUUAAGGAGGCCAACAACUUCCUCUGGCCAUUCCAGCUCAAGGCACCAUUGGGUGGUCUAAAGAAGAAGAGGAACCACUAUGUUGAAGGAGGAGAUGCCGGCAACCGCGAGAAUUACAUCAAUGAGUUAAUUAGGAGAAUGAACUAAAAUAUAAUUUGGGUUUAAUCCUGUCAGGACUAGUGGUUUUUGUCUAUUUGGAAGGUGUCUGAUCUUAAUUUCUGUUGGAAAUUAGAAACAGUUUUGUUUAAGAAAAACAUGGAUAUUGCUUUG